AUGUCGAAUAGCAAGAAACAGAAAUAUGACUACCAUUUGCCGGAGUGUGUGAUCGGGAGGCCCCGCACCCGGAUCGUGUGCACCCUCGGACCUGCGACCGAUCAGGUCGAGAUCAUGUGCGACUUGAUUCGGGCCGGCAUGUCGGUAGCCCGUCUGAAUCUUUCCCAUGGUGACAGUGAAUCUCACCGGAACUACGUCAAGGACGUCCGGGCGGCAGCGGAGAUCACCGGAGCGCCCAUCGGAAUUCUCGCCGACCUGCCGGGUCCCAAGUACCGCUCCGGCGAUGUUGACGAGGGGACUAUUCAGCUAGAACGAGGCGCUCGGCUAACCCUGACUGCGUCCAUUGUCAAAACCACCGUCGAUCGCACCACGGUUUGGCCGGCCGGAAUUCACGACGAUGUUUCGGUCGAUUCUCGAAUCCUGAUCGACGAGGGCGCCAUCGAGUUAGUGGUCGAACGCGUCGACGGUGUCGACGUUCUCUGCCGGGUGACGUCACCCGGCGCGCUGAAAUCUCGAAAAGCCGUAACGACGCCAGGGGUAACUUCGACGCUCGACUACCUGACGAAUGAGACCAGAUCUGGGCUCGAAUUCGUCAAAGAAAACGAUGUCGAAUUCGUCGGCCUGUCCUACGUGCGCAAUUCAAUUGACUUGGAGCAGGUCAAAGACUGUCUGAAGGACAGUACUUAUCCACACCAGUUGAUCGCAAAGAUCGAGGUGGCUGAAGGCGUCAAGAACCUGAAAUCCAUUCUCGAUCAGGUCGAUGGGGUGAUGGUCGCACGGGGGGACCUCGGCGUGGAGUUGCCCAUCGAGGACGUGCCGGGCAUCCAAGGCGAAUGA